GCAGCGUUUCCUGCUCAUCGACUAAUGAAGAAAUAAAGUUGAUUUCAAAUCUGAUCCACGGUGGUUUCAUUCGAACCAGGCUCAAAAUGUCUCCGGUUCUGCUGCUCCUCUGUCUCUUAGCGUCUGCGGUCGGGAAGUUUCCGAGUCUGGACCACAUCAGUCCGAGAUCCGGAGACAAGGCGCAGGGCAGAGCCGUGGCGGGGCUCCUGAAGCGGCUGCUCGGGAACAGAUCCACGGAGUUCGUGGUGUCAGUCAACAGGAGCCUCUCAAACAGCAGCCAGGACGUGUGCGAGCUCAGGUCCACCAAAAACAACAAGAUCGUGGCCACAGGCAGCACAGGAGUGGCUGUGGCGUCGGGGAUUUACAACUACCUGAAGUAUUUCUGUAACUGCCAUGUUUCCUGGUCCGGGAACCAGAUGGAUGUUCCGAGUCCGCUUCCGAAGCUGUCCGGAGUUCUGCGCAUCAGCACCCCGCACAGAUUUCGGUAUUACCAGAACGUUUGCACUGUUAGCUACUCCUCUGUGUGGUGGGACUGGCCGCGAUGGGAGCGAGAGAUCGACUGGAUGGCGCUGAACGGAAUCAACCUGCCGCUGGCUUUCACCGGCCAGGAAGUCCUGUGGCAAGAGGUGUACCGCUCUCUGGGAUUAAACCAGUCAGAAAUUGAAGAGUUCUUCACUGGACCAGCUUUUCUGGCCUGGAACCGCAUGGCCAACAUGUACAAGUUUGGUGGUCCUCUGCCUCAGUCCUGGCAUGUGAAUCAGCUGCAUCUCCAAUUUAAGAUCCUGGAGCGAAUGAGAGCCUUCGGGAUGAUCCCUGUGCUGCCAGCCUUCUCCGGAAACAUUCCCAGAGGAAUUCUCAGACUCUAUCCUGGAGCCAACGUAACCAAACUCGGACCCUGGGCUCAGUUCAACUGCAGCUACUCGUGCUCCUUGAUCUUAGACCCCCGGGAUCCGCUGUUCCUCCGCAUUGGGUCGCUCUACCUAUCCCAGGUGGUGAAGAUGUUUGGGACAGAUCACAUCUACAACACUGACACCUUCAAUGAGAUGACUCCGCCUUCUUCUGACCCCGAAUACCUGUCUGCUAUCAGCCGUUCCAUCUUUGCCUCCAUGACUGCUGUCGACUCCAAAGCCAUUUGGCUCAUGCAAGGCUGGCUGUUCUUCAGUGAUUCCACAUUCUGGCAGCCACUACAGAUCCAGUCUCUACUGCACGGCGUGCCCCUGGGACGAAUGAUCGUCCUUGAUCUGUUUGCAGAGACUGAGCCCAUUUUCUCCAGGACAGAAUCUUUCUACGGCCAGCCCUUCAUUUGGUGCAUGCUGCACAACUUUGGAGGCAACAGCGGUUUCUUUGGCACAGUUGAAAGCAUCAACUCAGGGCCCUUCCAAGCCCUGAACUUCCCAAACUCCACCCUGGUGGGCAUCGGCAUGACGCCUGAGGGGAUUGAGCAGAACCCUGUGAUUUAUGAGCUGAUGAGCGAGCUGGCGUGGCGCAAAGAGCCGGUCAAUUUGGCCAAGUGGGUUUCCCUGUAUGCAAUGCGGCGCUAUGGAAGCACAGAGGAGAAGCUGGCGGCUGCCUGGAAGCUGCUGUUCGCCAGCGUUUACAACUGCACCGUGGAGCAUUACAGAAACCACAACCACAGCCCGCUGGUCCGCCGGCCGUCCUUUCACCUCAACACCGCACUCUGGUACGAAACGGCAGACUUGUUUCAAAGCUGGAAACUGUUCAUCGAAGCGGCUCCUUCUCUUAUGUCCAAGGAGACCUUCCGGUAUGAUCUUGUGGAUGUGACUCGGCAGGUCCUAGAGGUCCUAACAACCUCCUUUUACCAGGACAUCGCUGAUGCCUUCCAGAAUAAAAAGAUGCUGGAUCUGCUGACUGCAGGAGGCGUCCUGAUUUAUGACCUGCUACCUGAACUCAGUCGUCUGCUGAACAGCGACCCUAACUUCCUGUUGGGGACGUGGCUGGAGCAGGCCCAGUCCAAAGGCCUGGACGAGAAGGAGGCGCAGCUGUACGACAUGAACGCCAGAAACCAGCUCACUCUGUGGGGGCCAAGCGGAGAGAUCCUGGAUUACGCCAACAAACAGUGGGGUGGCCUGAUGGAGGACUACUAUGCCCAGCGAUGGGGCCUGUUUGUCCAAAUGCUGGUAGAGUGUCUGGAGGGUGGAAUACCAUUCCAUCAGGACACCUUCAACACAGCAGUUUUCCAGGUGGAAAAGGGAUUCAUCUACAAUGGGAGGAAAUACCCAACCAAACCUCAGGGAGACACUUACCAAAUCGCCUACAGGAUUUUCCUCAAGUACUAUCCACAGGCGCUGAAGACACUAUAAUAAGCAGAGAUUAUAAAAAAACUGUUUCCAGUCACAGCAAGAAGAAUGUCUUCCUCCGUCUCUUGAUUGUAAUUUAAUUGUACAUACUGGGAAAUGGUCCAUUUAGCAGUACCUUUUAACCUUACAGGCACUUCUGUUCCAGUCCUGAUCCAGACUCAUUUCUCAACCUCUGCAACAUGUUUUCUCUCCUCUCUUUUAGUCGUGUUCAAACUAUUUCUCCAGCAUCUGUGAAGGACUUUCUAGGAAUAGAUCACCAGGAUCAUUGAAAAGACUUUCCAAAGCUCUUCUUUGGAUGUUUCCGCCUUUUGUUCUGUUCUCUGUCCAGAUGAGCCACACUAAUUCAGUAAUUUUGAGAUCUGGGUUCUGGGGAAGACCCGUCCCUCCAUCAGACCCGUUGGCAGUAAUUUUCAGUCUAGUUCUGGUGUCAUGUGGCAUGCCUUUUUUCUUCGUUUCCAUGGAGACCAUUUCUGAUGAGGCUUAGGCCAACAGUAAAAGGAUCAACUGAAGGUCCAGAUGCAUCUCUCAGGUCCUGGUUUAGGUCUUCGCUGGAUUUGUUCCUUUUUCUUCAGGACAUCCCUUUCAGAUCCUGUUAGUCUGCUGUAGAAAGUUUUAGUCUAAAAUCCUGUUUUCUGUCAGACUAUCUGACCUUUGCUGGUUUUCACAGAUCAACUAAAUAAACAGAACAAAUGAUGCGUCUUUGUAACAAAGAGCCUAAAGAGCCUGUUAACUGGUUCUUUGUUAAGUGGUCUGUUAUGUGUCGACACAACUUGAGUUAGGAAACGGUUUUCUGCUUGAAUGAUUCAUAGGUCAGAGUUAUGUUCUCUGAAAAUGGUCAGGUAGAAGAACCGGACUGGAAAUGAGGUACUGAUGAAGAUCAUUUCUAAAGUUUACAAGAGACAGAGAAGCAGCCGUGGGGACUGGAUCAGGACUCUGGAUCAGGAUGUGGUUCUGGAUUCUAAAGUCAGAAAUACUUCUGAUAACACUGACAUGGACCUAAACCCUAAACCUGCAGCGCAGCUUGGCGGUGAUUGGUCCUCUGGUGUGGUGCCUUCAACCCAGCCUCUACUUUCUUUCCUUUAAAAUAAUCAGUGUAUUUUUUUUAUUAAGACAACUGGAUGGAUGCUGCUAAUAAUAAGGAAGUCGGUCUGAUUACCAAAAGGACUUUAACAUGAACCAGGGUGGGUGUGGGGCUGAAGCAACCCUGUACAUGUGGAAUCUGUUAAUAUGGGAAUCAUUGUGAUGUUAA